UGACGGGACGGCAGAGGAUAAAGAUACCCAUUUUGCAGACGGGAACAGAGGCCCAGAAGGACUUUACGUCAGGAUCUCUGAGCACACGGUCUUUAAAGGUGCACUCUCUUGAUAGGCUGCGCUUGCAAACUCGCAGUGCCACCUACACAGCUCUCCUCGCGCCGGACCCAGAUCUCAGGCCCCGCCCCCUCGAGGGGCGCUGUGCUCUGGACCUGCCCUCGCUCUCGCGAGAUCUGGGAGGCGGAAAAUGGCGUCGACGUGAGCGCCAGCCAGCGGCCGCCCAGGGAGUCGCCGCAGCCUCAGCCGGAGCCGCAGGAGCCGCAGGAGCCUCAGGGACAAGAGGUUGAGGCGGGUCGAGGAUGGAGGAGGAACUCUCGGGGCCCAGCCCGGACAUGCCGGCCACUGCAGAGUCCACCUUCAGUGAGACUGACAAGGAGGUGUUGUCCCCCGUUGUGCCCGCGGCAGCCAACUCCUCUUCCAUGGGGGAGGAGCCAGGCCCUGAACGGGCAGCCACACCCCCAACGUGGGACCGAGGAGGGCCUGGAGGGACCCAGCAGGGUGCCCCCUCUGCUCCAGACAGUGUUCAGCCUGGUCCUGGAUCCAGCCUUGCCCCGACCAGCACAGUCUCUGGGACCAGCGAGGACCUGAGGCCUCCCAGACGACGCCAACAGCCAGGGAAGCAGAUACCCUGCUCCAGCCCUGGCUGCUGUCUCAGUUUCCCCAGUGUUCGCGACCUGGCACAGCAUCUGCGUACCCACUGCCCACCCACACAGUCCCUGGAAGGCAAGCUCUUCCGCUGUUCCGCCCUCAGCUGCACCGAGACCUUCCCCAGCAUGCAGGAACUGGUGGCACAUGGCAAGCUGCACUACAAACCCAACCGCUACUUCAAGUGUGAGAACUGCCUCCUGCGCUUCCGCACGCACCGCUCGCUCUUCAAGCAUCUGCAUGUUUGCGCCGAGCAUGCGCAGAGCCCAGCCCCGCCGCCACCCCCCGCCCUCGACAAGGAGCCACCGGCGCCCGAGCGUCCCCCGGAGUCCGACACUGCGUCGGCGCCGGGCCUGCCGUUCCCGCUGCUCGAGCCCUUCACGACCCCCGCCCCUGCCCCCACUGGGCCCUUCCUGCCCUACUUGAACCCCGCGUCCUUUGGCCUAAGUCCCCCACGCCUGCGCCCCUUCCUGGCCGCGGCGCCCGGGCUGCCCGCCUCCAGCGCCGCAGUCUGGAAGAAGAGCCAAGGUGCCGGCGGCAGCCCGCGAAGACCCCAGGGCGGCUCCGACGCGCCCUCAGGGCACGCGGCCCCGAGCCGCAUCGUGUGGGAGCACACGCGCGGCCGCUACUCGUGCACUCAGGCGCCCCCUCCUCCUCUGCCCCACCCAGACCCGGUCCCGCUGGCACCCAAGGUGUCUCCGCUGCUGUCAGAGGGGGAGUGUCCGGUUUUCUCGCCGUUCUGAAUCGCGCCGCGGGGGGGUGGGGGGCUGGACUGUAGGGUGUGGGUAGUUUUGUAAUUUUAAUGGGGCUUAAGAUGGAGGGGGGGGCAAUAAAGGAGGCGCGAUGAGCCAGCCGGUGCUGUGUCUGGGUCCCUUCCCCCUCCGAUGCACAGCCGGCCAGUCUAGCAGUCCUGGGGUGCUCACACCCUGAGAGGGGACAAGCCUCCGUUCACCCUCACUACUCCCUUGUCCCAACAUUUCCAGAAACCAGAUGGGAUGUCAGUCAGUAGGACAGGCUGGGAGGCUGGUCCUG